AUGACCAAUUUCUGCAAUGAUUUACAACGACAAUGGCAAGAAACCAUUGAUCCUCAAAAUCUUGUUGUCGGCAAAGUUAUCGGUCAUGGAAGUGAAGGUGUUGUGUAUAAGGGCUCCUACAAAGGCCAUACUGUAGCAGUGAAAGUUCUUGAUGAUAAUGGUAAAAAGAAGAUUUCGGAAGAUUCAAACGUAACUAAGAUGAUCGGAGCAACCAUGUCCAUGAUCACGUCAGGUAGCCGGCACAAGAUCAAGAACCCGAAACCAGAAAACAACUUCUGUGUCGUCUCCGAAUACUUAAAAGGAGGAUCCCUCAGAUCUUAUCUAUUGAAGCUCAAGCACCAAGACAAGAAGCUGCCUUACAAAACUGUCAUUCGAUUUGCUAUUGAUAUUGCUAAAGGGUUGAGUUACCUUCACUCUCAAAAAGUAAUUCAUCGUGAUGUGAAGCCGGGGAACAUGCUAAUUGACAAAAAACAGACAAUCAAACUUGCAGAUUUCGGAGAAUCAGAAAUUGAACCACCAGAGCUUUUGAUCACAUGUGGUGAAAGGGGGACUCACGGUUAUAUGGCUCCUGAGUUGGUAAGCAAACAUCCACACGGGCGUAAAUGCGACGUUUAUAGCUUUGGGAUAUGCUUGUGGGAGAUAUAUUGUUGUGAUACUGCUUAUACGUAUGAUUUAGGGAUUCUCACACCUGAUAUAUACAAGUAUACGAGACCAAGCAUACCGAGACAUUGUCCAAGAUCGUUGGCUAAAUUGAUGGAACAAUGUUGGGACACGGACCCCACAAAGAGGCCGGAGAUGGAAGAGGUGGUGGUUAUAUCAGAAGAAAUUGAAAAAUCACAAGAGUUGCAAUCGGAGAUGGAGACAUCGAGAGGAUUGAGGAUGAGCUGGGAAAAAGCCCAAAAUACAAAGGGGAUGGGAUUUGAUUCCCCGCAUCCGUUGGGGAUGGGGAUGAGGACGAGUUACAUUCAAUGGAUUCCUGAGGCGAAGCUAAACAAAUUGGUUUUAGCCAAAAACGCAAAUCCACAGAAGACGGUUCAAAACCAAAACUAUCCACAACAAUAUUUUCCAGUUCUAGAAACUCAAUUCCAAUCUGUCGAGUUUCGUGAUGCUCAUAACGUAGAAUUUGACAGUUCUAGCUACGAACCGGCUACUGAAAGAAACGAAGAAGAAACCAACAAGGAGUUGCAACAUGUUGCUAAGAAAAAACACAACUCUACACGCCGCCGAAAGCGAAAGAACGGGGUGGAACGCAAAGAGUUGGCUUUGGCUAGGGCAUUUAGUGUUCAAACGGGAGGUUUGGAUCGGUCAUGA